AUGAAUGAUCUUAUCGUAUCGCUACAUGCUGAGCAUUCACGAUUCCGACACUCUUGCAGUGUGUUGUUGAGAGGUUUGGUUGAAGAUGAAGAUCUGGAAGACCUUUUAGACAAGACUACUAAGGAGGAUUGGGAGAAGGCGUUAACUCAAGGGCUUGAGAGGAGCCUCAGAGAGAAGCUUGGACAUCGCUACUAUGCAUACACCGAGAUAAUAAAACAUAUCCAGGAGAAGCUUGAAAAGUUGGGGAACGUAGUAGGCAUGAGCAAGCAACAGCAAUGGUACGAGAAGACAGAAUACGAGAACCAGAAAACAUGGUAUAAGAUUAAUGAAUGCAUAAAACACAGCAAGCACAAGCAACUGCUCGAAGAUAUCGAAAAGUACAACACAAGGUUGGAGCAGAUGACACCAGGAAUAUUGGCGCUGGCACAAACAGCACCCCUUCAGCCGAAGAAGGCAGAUCUGAGUUACUGGGAUUCUAUCAGGCACGCAGCCCUCGAAGAUCGAGCGACUGAAAAGAAGGGAUCUCAUAGGUUCAAGUUGUCGUUCAAGACGCCUGAAACAGGUGAUAACGGACAAUCCGUUAAAAGUGCUGUUUGGAAGAAUGCAGAGUUUGAAGCAGUUGAGAGUGAAAGUCUCCCAGUAAAUCUCCCUCGAUCUCCCGGAGGUGUUGCUUUCGCCUCAGUAGGUACAAUUGCUUCACCUAGUCCCAAGGUGGAGAAGCAUAUCAACGAUUUCUGCAAGGAGCUCACGCAACAUUCAUGCCAGCUAGCAUUGCGUUGCAUAGGAUAUAUGCUUCAAGAGGAGCACAAACACUACAUUUAUAUUCCGGAGCGCUCUCUCACCUCAGGAAGACCCAGGAACACACUCACUCUUUACAACUUCCUCUCGAACAAGGGGAAACUGGGUAUGCACUAUAACUUUGGCAGCGUGAACUCGAAGAUGUCUUUUAAAGAUUGCACCUUCGUCAUGCAGAAUUUCCCCUCAUUCACCAUUACGAAAGUAUCUCAACCUAGCAAGACUACUACUCGCCAGAUGGUCAUUCGAAAUGAAGCAAUAUUUCGACUCAGGGCGACUUUGGUUGAGCUCUCUACUGUAGCAACACUAGAGGCACAAGAAGAAGUUGACGACCAUAGGAUCACGGAGGAAUUGACAGACUUCAAUACAGCAGAGAGACUUUCAAAGGCUGUCGCACUCAACAAUACACUUGAGUGGAAUGCAGUGGUUGAUCGACGUUUGCGCUGUGGCUUCCAUUCGCCUCCGGAUUUUACAAGGAAGGACUUCAGAGCAGAGUUUUAUCAGUUUGUUGUAGGACCCCUAGAGAAGCUAUACAAUGAAUCGAAGGUUGACUGA